AAUAUAUAUAGAUUUUGUCGCCUAAAGCUUUUGCUUUAUGGGCUUUAGCCCAGGUCCGGCCCUGCGUGCAUGCAUGUAUAUAUUCAGAUUCAUGUACGUAUGCAAACUUAGCUAUAUUGUACCGUUUAUUUUUAGAUAAUAAAUCAUGUGAACGGGAAGAUUAGAAGCUUAAUUUAGGAUCACCGCAUGACCUUUUCUUGGAAUUUCCAUAUUUAAACAUUCCGCAGACCAAAGCCUUUUUUCAAAAAAAAAAAAAACAUUCCGCAGACCAAAAUACCAAACGUUUCCAUCUUAUUGUCUGUCUCUGAACUCUCUUUGUUCUUAUUAUUCUCUUCUCAUUUUUGACCCAAAGAGAAAACAAACUCUUCAAUUUUUUAUUUGGUUGUCUCCUCACUAAACUCGGUUGAUUAACCAUCUCCAUAAAAUCUAACGAUUUAGAUUUUCUAGUAGAACCAAAAGAGAACAAGAUGGGUUUGAAAGAUGAGAAUAACAAAGCUGAAGAGUCCGCAGAAGAUCCAAAGGGACAAUGGACGUUAAGCAGAAAGAACAGCCACAGCUCUUUGUGUCCGACAGAAGAUGACGAAGAAGACGAAGACAAGAAGCUUGAACUUGGUCCCAUGAUCGCUCUCAAAGAACAGUUCGAGAAAGACAAGGAUGAUGAAAGCUUAAUGAGAUGGAAAGAACAACUUCUAGGCAAAGUGGAUCUUGAGGAAGUUGGAGAGACUCCUGAUCCGGUGGUGAAGAUAUUGAACUUAACAAUUAGGUCACCUGAUAGAGAAGACAUGGUAUUGACGGUCCCUGAAGACGGAAAACCGACAUCCAAAGGACCAUGGUUUACCCUCAAAGAAGGCUCUAAGUACACUCUCGUAUUUACUUUCCGUGUGACCAACAACAUUGUGUCCGGUCUCCGAUACAGGAAUAGUGUUUGGAAGACUGGAAUCAAGGUGUAUGGUAGAAAGGAGAUGUUAGGAACGUUUAGUCCACAGGCCGAACCGUAUACCCAUGUCAUGUUUGAAGAAUCAACACCGUCUGGUAUGCUUGUUAGAGGUUCCUAUUCUGUUAAAUCUAAGUUCGUCGACGAUGAUGACAAGUGCUAUUUGGAGAACAACUACACCUUCGACAUUCGCAAGAACUGGCUAUGAUCCAUCGCAAAAGUUACUGGAAGAAGAGUAACAUAUUAUGUAUUCAUUAUUGUUUCAUUUUUGUGUCUACUAUUUGUUCUUGAUUUAAUUUCUUCAUAUAUUGGUUCUUCCGUCUUCGCCUCAUUUAUUUGUGUAGACAUUUUUUUUGGUUCUUUACGUUACUCUUUUCAGAGUAUUUUCUAAUUUGCAAUCUAGCUCGUUAUUAUCUAUACAAAUAUUUGUUUCAUGCGCAUGAACAAAACUUAAAUGUUAGUUUGUGACGAAAUAAAUUAUACACUUCAUCGUUUAGAAACCACAGAUUUUUAAAUGUUGGAAAAUCUUGGUUUGCUAAACUGUAAAACUGUGGUUUGGUUUUUACUUUCAUUUUCAAAUAAAACCAAAAAAAUCAUAACGAAAAUUCCAUAAGGCUUUUCGAUCCAAACGAAUAACUUUUACAGAACACUUCUUUGGAUUCCUUCAGAGACCAUAACUAAAUUCAAUUUUCCGUAUAAUUAUUUUGUUAAAUUCUACAAGCUAACCAGAACUCAUAAUUUUCUACCAUUUUUCUAUGUUACCGGAAAAUGUUUUAUUUACAGUAAUAUGUUUUAUAUGUAUAUUGAUGGAAUAAAAAGAUGACUUGACCAAAAAUAAAAAUAUACCAGA